GUCGGUAGUGUUCGUGUCAUGGUUCGGAUACCACAGAAUAAUUCGUUUGACACUUUGACAAAAAGCGCGUCAUCGACUUUGUGAAAAAAGACGCCAUCGAGACUAUUUUUGGUUUUUUGAGUGUUCACAGAAAGUUCGAAAAGCGAUUCACUGGUCCUGUUAUAUUUCAAUGGGAGCUCCGGUUCAAGGUAGAGGAGGAAAACGAGGAGCCGCUAAUCAAAGAGGGAACGGAAAAGGAAGAGGUCAGGGGCGUGCUUUUAAUGGUUUUCCGCCCCCGCCUCCUUUCGGGCCGCCAGACAUGAUGAUGAGACCGCGAGGACCUUUCCGAGGAGGCAUGGGAAUGAGGCCCCCUAUGCCUAUGAUGCGCGGUGGCAGGCCGCCCAUGAGAGGCAGACCGCUGCCUCCGCCACCCCCUCGAAUGAUGGGUCCCCGAGGCCCCAUGAUGCCUCCAAUGAGGCCCCUGCCGCCGGGAAUGAGGCCACCUCCCCCGGGCAUGCGCCCGCCUCCGCCCAUGAUGAUGAUGGGCCCCCCGAUGCGAGGAAUGUUCAGAGGGGGGAUGAGAGGCAAGGCGAGGUUUCCGCCCCCGAUACCGCCGAAUGGAUUCAGGGGGGUCAACAAGAAGAGCAAGGUCAUUAAAAAGACUAACAGACCCUCUCUGAAGAAUGUAGAUUUGACAAAGUCCUGGGUAACGGAAACCAUAAAAGCAGAAUUCGCUAAAAAAGAGGAGUUAUUAGCUGCAGCGAAAGCCUCACAGAAACAGGAGGACUGGAUAAAGUACCGUGAACAGAGAGAGAAGUGCAGCAAGGUGUACCAGGAAGCGGAAAAGAAUGCAGGAGGGCAACCCGAGGUAUAUGAGUUUGAAGAUUAUGCACACCACGAAGAUGGGGAAUUUGAUGAAGAAUGCGAUAUUUAUGAGGACGAAUCUUUUCUAGCAGACAGUUACAAAGAAGCGACUUGCUACAAAGAAAAUAGUCACUACCAAGAAUCCUCUGAGAUUGUUUUUGAAGAAAGUAAUUGCGACGAAGAACACUGCAAUCAGCUCUUUUCCUGCGAGACUUGCGACAGAGACUUCUCCACUGAAUUUCAUUACAACAAACACAUGUCAGAGCAUCGAACUUGUAACUUGGACGGAUGUCAGUUCACCGCCCAUGAGAAAGUCAUAGAAACGCAUAUUCGGCUUCAGCACUCUACCGGUCUUUACAACAAAAUCAAGAAUAUCAAUACUCCUGAAGAAAUCGCUAGGUGGAUAGAAGACAGAAAGAGAAAUCGUUAUAGAAGUGACAAAAAAGAAGAGGAGAAGCAGGUGCAAGAGGCGAAGGUUAAGAGAGGGGAGAGGAUUGGAAAGAAUGAUAAUAAGUUUGGGAGGAAUAAUUAUAGAUUGCAGAAAAUUGGAAAUGGCCAGAGACCACUCCCGAAAACGAAAGCUUGCCGAUCCUCCACACAGCAUUCCCCCUUUGUCAAACGAGGCCUUCCUUUCAAAGCCAAACCUCAACCUUCGCUUGUCAACAUGAAAAGCGAUUGGAAUGGAACCAUGUUCCCCUUUCGAGGUACAUCGAGUUUGACAGACGUCAGCAACGAAGAACAAAAAAGUGAUUACGAAGAUGAUGAAUGGACUGCUGCUCCUGCAAAACACGUGGUCAAGUUGAAUAAUGCCCUGAGCACUCUGAUGGGGGCUUACAUGAGCGGGGAUGAUUCUGAGGAGGAAAUCACUAUCGUUAAAGAUUCGGUCAUGAAGGACAGUCCUGAGAAACAGGUCGAAGAAAAAAAGAUAGACUCUGUAGGCAGUAGUAGUCAACCUGAAAUAGCCCCUGUCGUAGAUAGUGAUGGAGAACCUCCAACUGAAGUGAAGAUAGAAAAGAGGCCAAUGCCAGAACCACCAGUUCAUAUGCCAGCAGAGACCAAUAUUGAAGCAACUGCUGGCCAUGGUGUGAAAAGGAAAAGAAAGCAUGGGAAAACAAGGUCUAACUGUAAAAAUAACCAAGCCAAAACAAAUGGCACGGAUUCAAAGAAUACAGGGGUUCGUAAAGAUAAUUUUCCUUAUGACAAGUUCAAGAAGAGAAAAGCUACGCUUCUGGAGAAAUUGUUGGAGAACGAAAUAAGAGAGGAACGCAACUUUUUGCUGCAGUGCGUCAGGUAUAUUGUGGAAAACAAUUUUUUUCAAAAAGAAAGCUAGUCUUGUUGUUGAAAUCUCGUAUUAUAUGUUGUUAAUAAUAAAGUUUGUUACACUAUUUCAA